CUCGUCAGCAGGGCGUGGCUUGAAAGGGAAGUUCUCUUUUUUGCCUGGUAAGAUUGUUUGUUGCUAUUUGUAGCUAGCUAGAUUACAUUAAUAUAAUAACUGUCUUUAUGUUUUAGAUUCAUUGUAACAUUUAAAGUAAUCUGUAGUUUACUUGCGGAAUUUUGUCAGAAUGACGCCGAUACAGUUUGUAAUCUCCGCCUACGCUAGCUAGCAUUAGCAAGCUAGCUAACUGGUGAUAGCUACCUAACAACAAAUGUCAGGACAGGUUGCUGUUGCUAACAUGAAAAAUGCAGGAACUAAUGGCUGAGCUAGUAACGUUAAUGGAAUUUAAUGCGAGUCCCUGUUCAAUAAGUUAUUGUCCCGCUUAUUGCUUGUAAAACUGUAAUGCUGAGGCAAACCUCCUGUGAAUAUUUGCUAUAUUUAAUUUGGCCAAAUUACCUUCUGUAAUCUUGCCAGCGCAGAAUCAUAUCUCUAAAAUCCUGUCCAUGGCCAAAGGAACCACUCCCUCUUCGAAAAAAAUAAAAUAAACCAGCCCGCGAAAUCGGGAAUGCUAAUUAAACAGUGACGCAAAAACCAUGCAGCGCACUUGACGGGUAGAAUUGUUCCCCAUUGAAACCCCUAAAAGCCAAUUUAUGCUUGAUCCGAAAUGUGGUCGGAGGCGCCGUUUGGAAGGUGUGACGCAAACGCGGAGGCACGCAGAUGCCAAAUUGACCUCUGUACCGCAUCGCCGUGGCUUCUCACAUUUUGUAACAAUGUGGAGGUCUCCAUAUAUCUCCGCAUUUACAUGAUUGGUUGACAGUAUGUGAUUGCGCCAGGUCUGUAUAAACACAAACUCUCUUUCUUGACAACUUUCUUCACACCGCUCUGCACUGCUUGGCAAAGCGCAAGAAGUAUGAAUGCCCUGACUUCUGCAGAGGCCAUAUGAAAUGCUACACUGACAAUGCAGACAAUGAAUUGACCAUGUAGUGCCUUUUAGUGUCCCACAGCCUCCAAACAGACAUAACAUAAAAUUUUGUUUUGGAGAGACUAUUGCAUGCUGUAAUUAUCAUUGCCUAUGCUUUUUUAACCAAUAGGUUUUGAAACCAUGGACCAAAAGAUCCCGUAUGAUGACUACCAACUCCCAGUUGUCUUUUUGCCUUCCUACGAGAGUCCCCCAGCAUGGAUAGCCCCGCAGGAGGUAUGAGCCUGACAUGACAUCCAUACCCUGUCAUAACACUGGCAACAUUCAGUCUAGGGCGCCACCACCACAGAUCUUCAACGAUGUUCCCUCUGUGUCUGUCUGUGUAGCGGAUCCACCAUCCUGACUACAACAAUGAGCUGACCCAGUUCCUGCCACGCACCAUCGUGUUGAAAAAACCUCCAGGGGCACAGUUAGGCUUCAACAUCCGUGGGGGCAAGGCCUCCCAGCUGGGCAUCUUCAUCUCCAAGGUGUGUGUGUGCGUGAGAGAGAGGAUGAGGCUGAGCCUGGUGCUACUGCCCAAUCUCCUUAAUCUCUCUGUGUGUGUAUGAUAGGUGGUCCCAGAUUCAGAUGCCCACAGGGCAGAGCUCCAGGAGGGAGAUCAGGUGCUGUCUGUCAAUGAGGUGGACUUCCAGGACAUAGAGCACUCGAGGGUUAGUGAUAUGCUGUAGAAUGUACACACCAGUGGAGGCUGGUGGGAGGGGCUAUAGGAGGAUGGGCUCUUGUAAUGGCUGGAAUGGAAUCAAUGGAAUGGUGUUCGACUUUGUUCCAUUGAUUCCAUUCCAGCUAUUACAAGAGCCCGUCCUCCUAUAGCUCCUCCCACCAGCCUCCUCUGGUACACACAACACUAUACCUCUUGAUAAAUCUCAUUACUUCAUUUUGUACUUCAACACUAACUUAUGUUUAUAAAAAGGUUCACAUUUUUCAGGCAUACAUUUGUCACUCAUAGAAAAAGUUUAUUCUCCUCUCAGGCUGUUGAGAUUCUGAAGACUGCCAGAGAGAUUCUGAUGAGGGUGCGCUUCUUUCCCUACAGUAAGUGUUGCUAUCACCUGCUCCGCCAUCUAUUAUUUAGAAGGUGCCUACAUUUUAUAUAAAUGAUGCCAUUAUUGUCUCAGUUUAUCUCCUCUCCAACCUGUGGAGUUUUAAACUUCAUGUUUCUCACAGACUACCAGAGACAGAAGGAAAGGACUGUGCACUAGGUGGCAGAAGAGUUCCCCGGGAGAGUGAGUGAGACAGUGUCCAUCUCAUAGGAGUUGAUGUCCUUGGUGGAUAGACCUGCACUUCACUAGUGUCCUCCUCCCACAGACAACAGCCCCCGCCCUCUGUUUCAAUCUAAGGAUGAACGACCGCAUGACUAACUGGAUCCAUUCACAUUUACACCCCAGGACCACAUAAAGACGUUGCAUUCCCCCUCUGCAUACUAAACGAUGCACACUGCUUCAGAUGCUGAAAGGAUGUUGUAUCAGGUGUUCACUCACUUACACAAUGAGUCAUACAUUGAAGACAGAGACUGUUUUCUCUGGUGUUGAUGCUGACAUGCUUAGUGUUUAUUUUAUAUGUAGGGGACCUGGAGCAUUAUGGUGUGUAAAUAGCAUACAUUAUUUACAGUACUCUGAUAUGUAAACUACAUCAACUGAAGUGCAUGUCAAAGGGACAUAUUCUUAAGGGAAAUUAGAAUCACUGAAUAUGCCAUCAAAGGAUUGAGUGAUGACAGGAAUAAAGCUUGCAGCCCUUUAUUUUAAUUUUAUAAAAAUUUUACAUUUGAGUCAUUUAGCAGA